GAAAACGACUUCAAUCAUAGCCUAAUAGUCUAGGGCGGGACUGAAAACAGUGUGGUCGACUCAAACGCACUGCAUGUGGAAAACUUUUUCUUUUUAAUUUUAGCUUCGUGAAGAAAAUACAUUUCUUAAUUAUCGAUUUGAUGUAAUCGGGUUAAUUAAAUUCGUAAACCCAGCUCGGUUUGAAUGCGUCAGAUCCGUGUUCCUGGUAGCUUUUGUCCAUCUUGACGCUUCUCGUAAAACAUCAUGUGGAAUACAGGUAUCUCUUGGACAAAAUGAGGACUAUUAUUAGUAAAACAACGUUUUUAUGUCUCUUCCUGUUGGUCAUGGACGGUGUGUUUGGUGCUGCUCCAGAUGUAAUGAAGUCGGUGACUGAGGGAGAUUCUGUCACUCUAAACACUGAUGUUACUGAACUACAGAGAGAUGAUCAGAUACUGUGGAUGUUUGGACCUAAAGAGAUUCGUAUAGCUGAAAUCUAUAAGCUUGUGAUUGAUAUGUUUAACAGUCAUGAGAUAUUUGGAGACAGACUGAAGCUGGACAAUCAGACUGGAUCUCUGACCAUCAGAAACACCAGAAGCACAGACUCUGGGCUUUAUAAACGACAGAUCCGCAGCAACAGAGGGAACUCAGACAAGAUAUUCAGUGUUACUGUCUAUGCUCCUCUUCCUGUUCCUGUCAUCAGCAGUAACUCUUCCCAAUGCUCUUCAUCAUCCUCCUCAUCCUCAGAGCAGAAAUGUUCAUUGGUGUGUUCAGUGGUGAAUGUGGGUCAUGUGACUCUCUCCUGGUACAAAGGAAACAGUUUAUUGUCCAGCAUCAGUGUGUCUGAUCUCAGCAUCAGUCUCUCUCUACCUCUGGAGGUGGAAUAUCAGGAUAAAAACAGCUACAGCUGUGUGCUCAACAAUCCCAUCAGCAACCAGACUCAACAUCUGGACAUCACUCAGCUCUGUAAAAUUUCAGAAUGCAGUUCAUGGCUGGUUGUAAUAAUCUGCGGUUGUUCUGCAGUAGUUCUGGCUAUGAUAGCAAUUGUGAUGUUCAUCCUUUACAGGAAAUACAGAAAAUCAAGGCCAAAAGCUGAAACCGUUCCGACAGACGAGAGUGAGGUAGUUUACGCAGAAACAACAUUUGUACCUAAUGAAAAAAACAAGAAGGCUAAUGGGACAGAAGAGACGAUAUACUCCGCCGUCAAAAAACACUGAUCAAACAAGCAGAAGUCUCUCAUUUCACCACAAUGGCUUUAUACGCCUGCAUCUGUCAGUAUUACUGCACUUGAUCGAGGAGAUGAAAACAUGAUUUGUCCUUGAUUUUAUUUGCCUUUUAACUUCAAAUAAUUUUUUGGGAGGAAUUUUGUGGUCCAAACAACAUUCAGCCGCAUUCACUCUUACUGUAUAAAAUGUGUAUUUAAAAUAUUGUAUGAAAAACAAAAUAUCUUCAUAUGUUCACCAUUAGACUGAACUUUUUUUGCUUGUUUCGUUUUUUUUUUUUUUUUUGCAUAUCCAAAUUCCCCUCUGGCUAACAAAUCUAUAUUUUGCAUGUAGACGGAGCAAGAAUUAAAAUGGCUAUUAAAAACAACUGACUUAAUUCAGAAAUUACUACAUUCUUGUACAAAAGGAGUUUUAUAUGUGAUGCAUUAAAAUGUAGAAACGUGCAUGCCUUGUUUAUGCUCUUUCAGCUUGUCUGAUACACAGAAUAACUGGCAGUUAU